UUACAAUCUCAUCUUCUGGAGCCGCGGUUUCCUCCCAUGGAAGGACGAAAAGAUGCUCAACCAGCCGGAGCAGGUACACCGCAUGAAGGAGUACUUCAUGACAGACGUCCGCGAGAUGCUGAAAACCAUCUACGGCGAGGACUGCCCCAAAUAUCUGGGCGACUUCCUGCACUACGUCGGCGGACUGACGUACGACGAGCGACCGGAUUACGACUACCUCCGGUCCCUGUUCUUCCAGGAGCUGCUCCGGUUAGGGUACAAGCCAAAAUCCCGUCUGAAACUGGUCGUGGAGGACAUUGCCAAACUGAGCCAACGGCUUACCGCACAUGACGAGGCAGAAUCCACCAACAAGAUCAACCACGUCAAAUCGCUGAUGAAGCUGGGCGUCUUGCCGUACCGCGAAAGCACCCUGCACAACAAGACCACAUCGCCGAAAAAUCUCCGCUCCAAGCGUGACAGCACGCGAACACCGGCCGCCAAUGGAAAAGGCCACGGCGGUGCCAAAGGUGGUUCUACCGCCGCCAAGAAGGAGAAGAAGUUUUGCUGGUCGGAGAUCCUCAGCACCGAUCCGGACCAGAUUGCGCGCGAGCGGGCGGAGAAGGAAUUCGAGCGGGCCGACCAGAUGGAAGAGGUUGUGAUUAGGUACAGCGGCAAUCCGACAUACGCGAUCCGCGAGCUGGAGAACAAAACGUCCAAUGCGCUGGACUACAUAGAGAGCGAAGACUACAUCAAAGGGUACACCAAACCGAUGAUGGACAUCCUGAGGAAGCGGCAGUCGCAGCUCAUGCGGGAUAUCACCGAAGCGAAUGGAUUUAGCGCUAAUGGCGUGAAGAAGCCACCCGACGUCAAGCACCAGCAACGGGAAGAAGACGAAGAAAUGGAGCAGGAUGAUGACGAGGUGGAAGAUGACGAUAGUGAUAAUGAAGAAGUGGAGGAGGAGGAAGAAGCAGAAGAGGAGGAGGAAGAAGAUGAAGUGGCCGCGGAAGACGAAGACGAAGAGGAAGUAGAGGACGAAGAAAACGACGAAGAGGCGGAUUCCGGUAACGAUGACGUUGACGGCGAAGAAGAGGAAGAGGAAGAGCAGAUCCAUGAUAGGAGGAAAUUAACUCAGGGUAAAAGGCAGGUCGUAGCUCGGAAGUUGGGUGGUCGAACGACGAAACCCACGAUUAGGAAAGAAGAAAGUGAUAGUGAUUUUAUUAACGACGUUGAAGAAGAGGAGGUAGAGGAGGAAGGGGAUGAAGAGCAGGUGGAUGACGAAGAGGAUGAAGAGGACGAAGCAAAGGAACAGGAGUUGGAGGACGACGAGGAAGCGGCUCCAUCGGAAACUUCUGAAGUGAUAGGUAAAUCGCGUAACGCUCGUAGGCGGCAGCUACUGUCGGAAAGUAGCGACCAGAAGGAUAGUGAUUUUAACGAUCAAGAAAGUUCGGAGAACGAAAGCCGAGACUCGCGUGGCCAGCGAAAGCCACGUGGUCGACCAAGACUGAACCGGGAUCGGUCCAAGCCCGGUCACAAUAAUCAUCAACCCUACUCAAAAGCCAACGCCGGCAACAACAAAAAAGUUCCUGUGAUAGCCACAAAUAACAAUAAUAAUAAUAAUAACCACCAUCACCACAAGCCGUAUUACGGAGACGUGGACGAUUCCUCCCACGAUGCUCCGCUGCAGCAGCACCACGACCGACAACAACAGCAGCAGCAAAAGUUCCGGCUCAUGAAGCGCCGUAAGUCCGGCCUUCGGGAACGGAUACGACCGACCGCGCGCAGCAUUAACUACCAGGAUGAUCUGCAUCAGAAGAAAUCCCGGAAACGGUCUAGCAAGCGGUACAGUGACGAUGAGGACUACUGCCAAGUUGACGAAUCUUCCUGCAGUUCGAGUCACUCGGCAGCUUCCUCGGUCGGGUCUGCCAGUACGGCGGUCAGCACCAAUUCGGACUACUCCGAGUAUUCGGAUCAUCCGGUUGUCCCAAAGCGGAAAUCUUCCCGAAAGCGUGUGAUACGAACCUUUUCCAACAGCAGCCGAUCGGCCCUCUCGUCCAACUCGCGGUCCUCUUCCGUGCACAACGUGGCCACUAAUGGCGCGGUUACCACUGCCAGCAACGGCCACGGAAUCUACUCCGGUCGUCGGAUAUACCCGGACGACGAGGAUGACUUCUUCGACGACGAUGACACUCGAGACAUGGACUACAGUCCGGUGAAAAGCAAACGUACCAACAACCGGAAGCCAAUCAAUUCCCGAAAGACUAUCGCUUCGCUGAAGAAACGGAACAAUGGCGAGAGCAAAGGAGCAGCAUCGGGAGGAUCGGCGGUCGCAGAAAGUUGUGCCGUCGCCGCUGCCAAGAGCGGCAUCGUUGCUGGCCUCCGGGGCAGACGUGACCACGCGAUUCGGACGUACAGUCGGGGAUAGUUGGCGGUGGGCCGUCGGCCAGCGAAGGGUAGUCACCGGCACCUGGGUUGCUGCAGUGACAACGCCUCGGGCCGGACGAAGCGACGGAAGCACGAAACGAAGAGCUCCUGGCAGGUGGUGUAAGUGUAUUUAAAAUAGGAACUUUAAUUUGAUUUUAUUUGAGUCCUGAUUCGUAAGUGUCUGCAAAUGUCCCGUUUUAAAAACUUUGUUAACUAGCAAAAGUUCGUGGAGAUUACAACCAAAACUGUAUACUGGCAACACUGGACUCGGGGUUGUUGACCGACGCAUUGCAGGUAAUUGCAACCAACUUGAUAAUCUUUUCGUUGGGAAUUUCCAUUUUUCAACAGCGCGCCUAGAGAUAUGCAAAUAAUUGUGUACAUAAAAUCGACAUCAGUCAAAAAAUCUUUUAAAUUUUAUCUGUUAUACAUCAUUUUCUGUUGACUCUCAUGCCCAUGAUCUUGUCGAAUUUUUAUUUUUUUCUCCAAAUAAACCAGAUCGAAUGUCUGUUUUUUUUCCUGUAAAGAACUUCGUUUCAGUAGAAGUGAUCUAACGGUUCCAGUUGUCAAGUUUUGUUGACCAGUGUUGGACCUUCCGUUUGGACCUCCCAAAGACAAAACAAAAGUAUGUAUGAUAUGACCUAAUGCAACUUUGUUCUAUUUGUAGAGCACAGAACGACAUGAAAAAAAUGAAGCGGCAUCUUUGUAAGAUAAAAGUCUGUACUUUUCAGUAAUAUUCCAAUAUACAUAUAUAAAUAGAAUCUAUCAAAUUCGUGUAUUUGUAGUAGAUUAAUUAAAUUAAAGAAAGAAAUCUAAACUGCUAUAGGAAUAUGAAGCAAUUUUAAUUCAAACUCUACCUUUUUAUGAACAUAGAAUCAUUGAAAGAAAGCUCUUUCCAAGGAACGAAACAACCUCUAUGGGUUCCUUCGAACUAUACCAUGAUGCAAUUAUAAAUAAUCCCAGUUUAGUGAUGAAAAUAGCUCCUUAUAGAAGUCCAAGAAACUUUACCGUACGACGUCAACCAGUUGACCAGAAGAAAUUGUUAAUAUCCCGAAGAGAGAAUCUCCUCCGCAUAAAUUAAAGUUGCAUUCUGUUACACAUUUUCGUUCGUUUUGUAGAACCUUCAAUCAGGUGCAAGUUUCUAGGAAAAAUCCUGCACCCGUAGCUAAAAUUCCUGUAAAACAUAUACAAUCAAACUGUUGAAACGGUUGUCCCCCCUUUGACGGAUCUUCUUGGAGCGGAUGCUGUUCGAUCUUCUUGUUGUUGAUGGGUCACCAAUCCCCCCCCCCCCCUCCACAAACUCUUCGCUGUUGAUUGUGAAUCAUGGCGGUUUAUCCCCUGCUGUGCAUAUUUAAAAAAAAAAAAAGCCGGCGUUCUCUAUUGCGCAGAAAACUUUGUAUAGAAAAUGGAAAACAAGUAAAUUAAUCAUAGAAACUCGUAAAAAACAGCUACUCAAUAAGCGAACUGCGUCAUCCUAAAUAGGUGUACUGGAAAAUAGUAAGCAAAUAAUCAUGUAACUAAUAUAAUAGAAAGAUAAAAACAACCCUAUGCAUUAUACCACACUACUUUACACCGUAAAGCAAACAUGUAAUGAAGAAAAUAGCAAAACGCAGUUAAAUAAAAAAAAAACAACAUCUUUGAAAGCAGAAAUUAUUGUUAAUAUUAAUGAAAAAAAAGCAAAAGCCUGUAUUAUAGUUAAGUAUGUAGAAAGGAAUAAAAACUAAACAAAUACUACACUGUUUGAAACAAGAAGAAACACAAACUGUACGCAGUUAGUAUCGAUCAAAUAACAGCAGACAAAACUAUUAUGACUAAAAAUGUGGUAAAGCAACUGACACUAAAUAAAUCAUUAUAAAUUGAA